GCGCGGCGCUCCGCGGCGGCAAGAUGGCGGCGCAGGCGCAGGCCAAGGCCCGUGAUGGUGGUGCGCAGCUGGCAGGACCCGCGGCAGAGGCCGACCCCCUGGGCCGCUUCACGUGUCCCGUGUGCCUGGAGGUGUACGAGAAGCCGGUGCAGGUGCCCUGCGGACACAUCUUUUGCUCUGCAUGCCUGCAGGAAUGUCUGAAGCCGAAGAAGCCUGUCUGUGGGGUGUGUCGCAGCACUCUGGCACCUGGCGUCCGAGCCGUGGAGCUCGAGCGGCAGAUUGAGAGCACAGAGACUUCUUGCCAUGGCUGCCGUAAAAAUUUCUUCCUGUCCAAGAUCCGGGCACAUGUGGCUACCUGUUCCAAAUACCAGAAUUACAUCAUGGAAGGUGUGAAGGCCACCACCAAGGACGCGUCUCUUCUGCCAAGAAGUGUCCCAAACCGUUAUACUUUUCCUUGUCCUUACUGUCCUGAGAAGAAUUUUGAUCAAGAAGGACUUGUGGAACACUGCAAGUUAUCCCAUAGCACGGACACCAAAUCUGUGGUGUGUCCCAUAUGUGCCUCGAUGCCCUGGGGAGACCCCAACUACCGCAGCGCCAACUUCAUUGAACACCUGCAGCGCCGGCACCAGUUCUCCUAUGACACCUUUGUGGAUUACGACGUGGAUGAGGAAGACAUGAUAAACCAGGUGCUGCAGCGCUCCAUCAUCGACCAGUGAGCAGGCCCGCCCAGGCUGUGUUCCCCAGCCUCGGCUACGUGUGUGAAACGUGACUCGCCCCCCUGCGUGUGCGGCAGACCGGGGAACGGGCCCCCUGGUGGGCCCUCCUUUCCUUUGGGCUGUGCUCACCUGUGUGUCGCCUAUCUGGUCUUCUGUUGCUCCUCAGCCGCUUGGCAGAGCCUCUGUCUCCUCUCCAGAAGGUAACCCAGCUGCACCCCGCACCCCGUCCUCCCGGUCCUCCCGUCCUGUGUCAAUCUCUCAGGUCCUCUGAGCCAGCCAGGACCUUCCCUGGGUCAUAAAUAGCACAAAUGAGAUGAGCGUCUCCUCUCCUUGUCUCGGGGUCUGUGAGCUCUGGCAAUAAUGUGUCUCGUGGGUGAUGGAGCUGCUCCCGUGCAGUGCGAGUUCCUGUUUGUUGGUCGUUGGCAGCAGCUGCCGGAAGCUGGAGUUACCUCAUGGGAAACAUUUCACAAGUCCCGUUGGAGUGAAUGUUCUGAGCUUAACGUGGUCUGAUGCUGGAAGUUUUGAUGGGUGCUGUUUUCCUACCAUUCCUGCACACCCUUAGGAAUAACUGGUUCAACCUUAAAUGCCUGCAUGGUGCCUUUCUAGGGUAAGGUGUAACCACAUAUUUUUAGUGAAAAGAAGCAUUUCUGACUUAGGAAACUUAAACUCCAUUUAUUACUAAACGAGGAGAAGGGUCAGCUUAAGUGAGGUGGGAGGGCCACAGCUUUGGGUUCUGAUUUUCUUCAAACUAAUGAGUUAUUUUCCAAUGACUUGUUCAUGUUUGCCUCUCUGUUUGGGAACCUGCUCACAUUCUUGUCCUCGAAGCACGAGAGGAGUCCGCAGAUGAGUGAGAAGCUCUGGGGCCCCAGUGGGCGCCAGCUCUUUCAUCUUUCAUUUGGCAACUUAGAUUCACCCGAGGGUUGCUUUCCUGUCACACACUUUUUCCCUAUAAAACUGGUUUCAACACGUCAAUCAGUGUGCGAAGACCUACCUUCUGAGGCGGAGGGCUUAGGGGAAGUCCAGCCUGCCCACCUGCUGCCUCUCUGACAAGACCCGCAGGUCAGGAGGCACAGCACACCUCCUGGGAGCAGUUGGCCGUGGAAACUGUCUGCCAGAAACUUGCUUUGCUAACAGCUCAAGAAGCUUGAAGUUCACCUUGUUUCACCAGUGCUAAUAAGGCCAUGGGCUGUCUCAUCUGGAGGAGCAGAGCCUCUGGUAGACCAGAAUGUUCCGUAUCUAGGUUUAGUUUUCCCUGUUAGACCUCCUGUCUGAAUAGGGAUAUUUUUGCUGGUCAGUGGCUGAAGUUGCAGGUGACCCAGGGCUCUGGGCCUGGACACUGCUGCUGGGGGCCUCGCCCUCGCUGCCACUGGGAUCAUGUGUGCUCAGGAACCAGCAGGGACGGGGUCCUGUGUGGGGAAAGUAACUUUCUCUAACGCGCUGUCGCUCGGGAGGGCCCAGGUGUUGUUACAGCUUCUUCACUAAUUUCUGGAGAAAGUUCGCUCUGACCCUCCUGAAUUGAGAUCAUCUCAGCCUAAGUUUAGAGGGAAAUGUAACAAAAGCUUCAUUUGAGAGAACCUGAUGGUGGUCUCGCAGUGGUACCAAGAAACAGAUUUCAUUGUAUUAAGUGCACUUCAUGUAUUUCUAAUAAGAUGACUUUCCAGAAAGUGACAUUUGUCAUGUUCUGGCUUUUAAAGUGAAAUAUAAAUAAAUUUUCAUGAUUUAUCCAACUGGUA